GGCUCUUCCGCUAACACCAACAGCACUCAUCUUUGGACCGCCUGCAAAAAAGUUUAGAAAAAGAAAACUCUCUCUCUUCCCCAUCUCUCUCUCUCUCUGCUCUGCCCUCCCCUGUUGCAGUUCACUUUAAUACUUCUCUUACAUCUUCCACAUGUCUCUCUCUCUCUAAGCCUCGGCCCCAUUCAAAAAAUGCUUCUUCCUCUCUCUCUCUCUCUCUCUCUCACCUAUAAAUCUGUCCCUCGCUCCAUUCAUUCUUUUCCCCUCCCAACAGACAUUCUCUCUCGGUAUCUCAACACCCCUUUAGCACCCCCCACACACAGCACAAACUCUGUCUCUCUCUCUCUCUCUCUCUGUCUUGGGACUCUGGAGAUGGAGGAAAGGCUCCGUUACGGCAACAAUGCGGAUGAGGACGAGGACGAAGCGCUGUCGCUCUCCGACCUCCCGCUCCAUCUGGCCGGCGGAGACUCCCGGGCCGCCGACGGCGAAGAAUCGAGGACGGAGGAGGGUCGCCGGGAGGAUCAGGACCGAGCCGGGUCGUGCGGGACGGAGGACCAGGAGUUCGAUUUCGGGUCGCGGGUCGGCGGGCCUUGCUCCUCCGGGUGGCGGAUGUGCGCGGCCGACGAGCUGUUCUUCCAAGGCCAGAUCCUCCCUCUCCGCCUCUCCGUGAGCUCCGACUCCUUGCGGGACGAGGGGAGGAGGUCCGUGUCGAGGUCGGAUUUCGUGGAGAUCGGGUCGAUCAGCACCCGGGCCUCGAGCAUGGGCAGCAGCAGGAGCAACAGCCACGGGAGCAGUCGCUACUCGUCCUCCUCGACGUCGCGGUCGUCGUCUAUGACCAACUCCUCCUCGUCGAGAGCCAGCUUCCACCGGGUCAACCCGUUUCACGCCCACCCGAGCCCGAAGCCCCAAAUCGGGCCUUCCCCCGGGAAAUUCAGGACCCGCAGCCUAAAGUCGCCGCCGUCGUCGAUGUGGGAGUUCUUUCGGCUGGGCUUGAUCCGCACGCCCGACAUUGGACUCGCCGAGCUGAAGCCCCGCAAGAGCACGGUCAACGGCCCUGCCGACAACCAAUGCUUGAUAAGCCGCAACAGCAGCAGCAGCAGCAGCAACGGCAGCGUCAACAGCGGAGGUCUCGCAAGCGGCAACAACAAGAACGUCGAGCAGAAGACGAACGACAACAAGAGCAAGAGCAAGAACAGGGAGAGGUUCUUGUUGAACGGGUCGUUUCUCGGCGGGUGCAGGUGCUCGGGGGACGCGGUCUCGUCCAGCGUCUUCGCCGUGAUGGGCGGCGGCGGUCAGGCGAGGAGGGCGAGCAAUGCGGGGGACGACGACGAGGUGGUCGGGAAGAUCAGGCUGAUGACGACGGCGGCGGCGGCGGCGGAGGCGAAGAGGAAGGCGUCGCGUCAUCGAACGUUCGAGUGGAUAAAGGAGCUUUCGCAUGCUACCUAUCCUGUCGACUCGUGAUCGGGACGAAAGCGGUCGCUCCCGCAUGCAUCUCCUUCUUGCUUUAAUCGAUUUCACUACUUUUCCUUUCCCCUUUUUUUUUGUCGUUAUGUAUCUUUUAGUCUAAUUCCAAUAACAAUUUUAA